AUGUUCAGAUUGACAUCAAGAAGGACGGUCAGUUUAAUGACCAACUUACCAACAUCCUUUCAUUCUUCAAAGCUUGCAUCUACGUUAGCCCUUCUAGAGACAUCUCCUGAUGGGAACCUCGAUCCUUCUUCUCUAAACCUAUUGCAAGCAGCUAAACUUUUGAAAAAUCCAAUAACAGCGUUAUUUGUUGGACCCAAUGCCUCUACUGGGGCUCAAUCACUAAAGGAUUCUGUGAAAUGUGAAGGCCUCUCAAAGAUAGUUGUUGUUAAAGAUGAUUCCUUAGCUCAUUAUUUACCUGAAAAUAUAUCACCUUUACUUGUUGAAUUAUUAAAAGGUGAUACUUAUUCCCAUUUUGUAAUUACAAGCUCAUCUACAGGUAAAAAUAUACUCCCUCGUCUUGCUGCUUUGAUUGAUAAUCAACCUGUGUGCGAUGUAGUCAAGAUUGAAGGUCCUAAUAAAUUUGUAAGACCAAUAUACGCUGGUAAUGCUCUUGCUACAAUUGAAACUUCACAAGAUAAGAAAUUACUUAGUGUUCGUGCUUCUGCCUUUGAUUCUGUAGAAGAAGGUAAAUCUGAAAAUGUUGAAAUUGUAGAGAUUCCUUUUACAAAUAAGGAUGCUAUACCGAUUAAAUGGUUAUCAGCUAACUUAACAAAAACAGGAAGACCAGAUUUGGGAUCUGCGAAGACAAUUGUCUCUGGUGGACGUGCAUUUAAAGAUAAAGAAAGUUUUGAAAAAUACUUAACUCCAUUGGCUGAUGUUUUGGAUGCAGGUAUCGGUGCCACAAGAGCCGCAGUUGAUAACGGAUUAUGUGAUAACUCCCUACAAAUUGGUCAAACAGGUAAAAUUGUUGCUCCAAAUCUAUAUAUUGCUGUUGGUCUAUCAGGUGCCGUUCAACAUUUGGCUGGUAUGAAAGAUUCAGGAACAAUCGUUGCAAUUAAUAAUGAUCCAGAUGCACCAAUAUUUAAAAAUGCCACAUAUGGUUUGGAAGGUGAUGUAUUAAAGAUUGUACCGGAGUUGACAGAAAAGAUCAAGGCUGCUCAGAAAUGA